CUUCCGUAGUUGUAAGCGUCCGUUGCCAUGGUUAAGUUCCUAUUCCCAGCUUGUGCAGUACUUGAGACAAGAUGAGAAAUAGAAAAGAGCCUAAGGAAAAUGUUUGAUUGGGAACAAUAAUAAUAAAAAGGGAAAACAAUAACAGUUGGGUAUGACAUCCAAAACGGAGGAGGGUAGACGAUCUUAAAAGUCGAUGACGAUGAGCCAAAUCAAGCUCCAGAAUCAUCCUGACAGUGACGAGCAGCCCGAGGACGAAGGCAAAUAUGAACUUCCCCCACUUGUUAUCUUAACUGAACAGAGAUAUGAAGGGGAAACCUGUGAAGGGCAGUUUCAUGGACAAGGUGUAGCUUAUUUUGAAGGAGGCCAUGUGUACAAGGGCAUGUUUUCCAAAGGACUUAUGGAUGGAUUCGGCACAUUCACACGGGCAGCUGGACUAAAAUAUGAGGGAGAGUUUGUACACAAUAUUCCCAUGGGCCAGGGCACUUAUACAUGGGCAGAUGGCAGCACCUAUAAGGGGGAGGUUUACAACGGUAUACCACAUGGGACAGGAACCUACAAAUGUACCCAAAACAGCUUGUUUUACAGCGGGCAGUGGCAUCAGGGCAAGAGACAUGGAAAGGGUACGGCGUAUUAUAACGAGGAAAAAAACUCUUGGUACAAAGGAGAUUGGGUGAGGAACAACAGAGAAGGAUGUGGACUGAGAUGCUACCCUUCUGGGAACACUUACUCUGGUGAGUGGAAGACCAACCAGAGGCAUGGAAAGGGCACGAUGCUGUGGCUGAAUCUGGGACAGAAGUAUGUUGGGGCAUGGCAGGAUGGAGUGCAGCAUGGCCAAGGCACACAUGUCUGGAAUUUAAGACGAAAAGAUGGAUCUCAGUAUUCCCAGAGCAAUCGAUACACAGGGGAAUUUGCUCAGGGUCAGAGGCAUGGAUGGGGAACCUUUUACUACGCUGGUGGUGCGAUCUAUGAAGGAGAAUGGAAGAACAAUAAAAAGCACGGGCAGGGAAAAUUCACACUGAGUGACGGGCGUGCAUUCGAGGGACAUUUUGUGGAUGACCAAAUUAUCACACCCAACCUGAGAGCACAUAGUGCUCCUCUCGGUGCGUUCCCGCUGUCACAUAGUAACUCAUCUUUACUGGGACCAGACAUGACUCUGAACAUUGACUGUCUCCUGGACAUGAUCCCGGAAAGAAAACGUGACACAGAGCGCAAACAGGUGGAGUUUGUGGUGCUGAGGCAAGAAAGAGAGCUGAGGUCAAUUUGUAGUUUCUACAGCAGGCUUGGUUAUGCCCGCUCCCCAGAGAACACCCUCCUGCUGUCCCGUCUUCAGUUCUGGCGCCUGCUCAAAGACUGUAACAUUCAUCAUCACGGCAUAACUCUGACACAGAUAGACCGUCUUAUCAAAGAGGAUGUUGAUCCAGCAGAGAUACACUCGCCUUUCAUGCCUGUGCUGCUUCGCAAGCUCAUCAGCUAUCUUGUCAUUGUGGCCCACCACAUCCACAGUAAAGACAUGGUGUCACCAAAGUACCUUCUGGCUGCCUGUUUUUCCAAACUGAUGACAGAUGACAUCCUUCCAAAUGCUAAGAAUGUAAAAGGCUUUCUGUUUAGGCAGCCAGACGUUGGAGUGAUGGCUAUGAACUAUAUGAAGAGGUGCUGGGAAGUCUUUCAGCUUUUCUGCACAGCCACCAGGGAUGAACUGACCAUGACCUGCCAUCACCUGCUGUGGAUGUUCAAGGAUUUCCAUUUGUUGGACCAUAAGCUGACCACAAGGAGGUUAUUGGAGAUCAUCAAUACAGAAAGCCACAACCCUGACAACCUUUCUGCCAGUGUUGAUCUGGAGAUUACGUUCCUUGAGUUUUUUGAGGUGCUUCUGGGCUGCGCGGAAGUUACAUGUGAGCAGGUUUCUGAAACACUGAAGGAGGACCAUCGGGUUUUUGGGUCCAACACUGAAACCAGGAAGGAUUCGCCUGAGGUGGAGGUCCGUGAAGAGAUGAUACAGACAAAAAACAGCCCCUUCCAGUUGACUGGGAUUUCCAGUGCUCAGGAUGGAAGUCAGUGGGAUGUCAAGACUGAAGCCAACGAGAUACCAGAGCCUGCAGAGUACACAGACGAUCCUGGAGGUGAAAUCAUGUGCAGACCAGCAGAAAACAACACUAAAGACUGCAAAUUGGAACUUAAGAUGAAGACUGUCGAUGAAUUCUUCAACCACUUUUUCUUCCCAGCAUCUGACUAUUACCAGCUAGUCACAAGAAACAUAAUGGAAGAAAAGCACCACCCAGAAUCUCAGGUUGCUCUAGAUAAGAUGAAACAAAAGCCAAAUAAUGCUGUUAGAACAACAUGCAGCUAACAUGUCCUUAGUUUUGUUGGUUCAGUUUAGAGCAUUAUGAAGUGAAAAUAUUAAUACAAUGACCUCACACACGUUGUACUCCAUUAUUAAGGAGACAUACAAAUAAAGGCCUGGUUUCAUGAAAAAUCUUCAAAUUUUCCAAGUUGCAACAAAGAUUUUGUGACUGCAUCUCUUGUCAGAUGAAAUGCGCCCCCCCGAAAAUUGAUGAAUAAAAGAUGAAACAAAUUAUUCUGUUUGUGUAUCCCAUUUUAACAAAUAAAAGCAGUCAGUAA